AAAGCUGUGUCACUCUUUCGUGUACUGUGGCGCAGGUGAGGGAGAAACGAGCUUUGUUUGCGCGCAUAUAUUUUGCCGGCUUAUAUAUAUUUAUAGCUUUAGAUUUUAAAUAUAUGUGGCAUUUCUUUCUUCUUCUUGUUUGCUUUUUGGAUCUGUUUCGCCUGAAAUUACAUACGCAGCUCCAGACCAUAAAGGCAUCAGAGAUCCAUGUCUUGUAAGAUGUCUCUUCCUGUCUCAUCCCACACCUGUGCGUGGCUCUGAUGUGAGGAUGCGCUGCCUGGUGGCAAGAGUCAACCACAAAACACUGAUAGUCCUCUGUGCAGUCUUUGCUCUCAUCACAAUUGUGCUAUGGAACAAGUGCUCCAAAGAUGUGGCUGUGCAUCCUCCAACCAGGCCCCAGCCUGAGCCUGCACCCACUACAGAGGAAGAAGAGGACCAUGGGCAGCUUCCUGAAGUGCCCCUGGUUGCCAGAGAGGUGCAGUAUGAGCAGAUUGACUGCCUCAUUAAUGAGGAUGUGACGAUCAAAGGGCGCAGAGAGGGCAAUGAGGUGUACCUUCCCUUCAGCUGGGUGGAGAAAUACUUUAAUGUGUAUGGACGCCUAGUACAGUAUGAUGGUACAGAGCGCUUUGAGUUCUCACACAGCUACUCACGUGUAUAUGCCCAGAGAGAACCCUAUCAUCCUGAUGGAGUCUUUAUGUCAUUUGAAGUCUACAAUGUGGAGGUGAGAGACCGUGUAAAGUGCAUCAGUGGAGUGGAAGGUGUGCCCAUUUCUACACAGUGGGGUCCCCAGGGCUACUUUUACCCAAUCCAGAUAGCUCAGUAUGCACUAAGUCACUACAGUAAGAAUCUUACAGAGAAGCCACCUAGCAUAAAGACGUAUGGGUACAUGGAAGAAAGAGAGGGGAGUCCCAACCCCUGGACAGUCCCCAAGGGUUGCUCAAUUGCCAAGGUCCAUGAGCCAGGUCAAACAUCCGCUAUUUACCAGUUCACCACAGCAGAUAACUCAGAGGGUAUAUCUCUGCUUCUGGACAACUCAAAGGAUUUUGUCUUGUCCUUUGAUGUCAAGUUCACUUCAAAUGGUAGUAUGUCUGUGGUGUUGGAGACAACAGAGAAGGGACCUCCAUAUAUCAUUCACUAUAUCACCAGCCCCAUUCUCAUUUCCUUCAAGGACAGGGAGGUCACCUAUGGUAUUGGUCCCCAGACAGCCUGGAACACCCUAAGCCGGGACUUGGCGACUGACCUGCGUAAGGGAGUGGGUUUGUCUAAUACCAAAGUGGUGAAGGCAACUCGGAUCAUACCACGACGUGUUGUCCACCUGGUACUGCAUGGCUCAGGCUUCAUCAGCAACAUCACCAUCUCCUCCACAGCUCACAUGGCUGCCUUCUUUGCUGCUAGUGAUUGGCUCCUACACAACCAGGAUGAACGUGGUGGGUGGCCCAUCAGAGUGGCCCAUAAGUUAGGGGAGGGUUUUCGGACACUGGAGUCUGGCUGGUACUCCGCCAUGGCCCAGGGACAGGCGAUGUCCACGCUGGUGAGGGCGUACCUCAUCACACAUGACCUUGUAUACCUCAGCGCAGCAGUGCGUGCCACUGCACCUUUCAAGCGCAUGUCAGAGCAGCAUGGCGUGAAAGCUCUGUUUAUGAACAAAUACGACUGGUAUGAAGAGUAUCCCACAACACCUAGCUCCUUUGUGCUCAAUGGCUUCAUAUACUCGCUGAUCGGACUGUAUGAUGUGGCUGAAAUAGCAGGGGACAAACUGGGCCGAGAGGCAGGUGUACUGUUUAGCCGAGGACUGGAGUCCCUGAAAGCCAUGCUGCCACUGUUUGAUACAGGUUCUGGAACUGUCUAUGACCUAAGGCAUUUCACGUUGGGUGUGGCACCAAAUCUGGCACGCUGGGACUACCACACCACUCAUAUAAACCAACUGCAACUGCUGUCCUCUAUAGACAGUAGUCCCAUUUUUAGAGAGUAUGCAAAACGCUGGAAAAGCUACCUGAAAGGGGGUCGGGCCAAGCACAACUAAAGAUGGGCCAAAAAGACUUUUUGUGGAAAGAAAUUGCUGAUAUGCUUUCAAAGACCGAAUCAGCAUGUACAUUAAAGCAGGUUAUACUGAUUAAUAUGAAGGAUUUACACAUUUUAGCUGAGGACAGUUAUCCAGUAGUUAAGCUAUGUUCCUCUCAAACAUACAUUCACACAUUGUGAAGUUGGAAAGCACCAUUUUAGCAGCAAUGUUACUUCAUACUUCCAAUACAGUGCUAACAAUGCAGAUAUUUACAUGCACUUUAAGACAAGCACAUCCAACGUUACCUAUUGCGAUUUAUUAAAAUAUUGUUUGUCAGUGACAGAAGCAAAUAUUACAACUGGUGAUGUACAAUACUAGGAAAAACUAAGAAAUGAUGAACAGGACAUUGGAUCCCUUCAUGAAGAUAGGGCUGUUUCAAUGUCUUGUGCAAUAAUUUCAAAUUGUAUAACCUAUAUCGUAUGUCUUAUUUAUAUUUUGUUGGCAAGUGCUGAACAUUACAAUGUGUGGUUUAUUUCUUUUAGUUUGAAAAUGACAGUCAAGGUGAGGUUUCUUUGUUUGUAUAAACAUAUACUGUAUAUUGAAGAUAUUUCUGAGUACAGAUGUACUAGAGUUCAUGGUUUUAUAUUAUUGAGCAGCUUUGAAGUUAAAAUAAAUGUAUUUAGACAUGAAUGUUUAUUUCUCUCAGUCAUCUAACAACUAUUUUAAUCAUUUGCUUUUCCUUGAGAUGAAAUGUUCCCAGGAUAGCUCCAGGUAUACUGUGAGCCUGCCCAGAUAAAGAAGUUACUGAAGAUGGAUGAAUGGUUGAAUGAAUGAAUGCUGGUGAAUCCACAUUUGAGGAACUGUCCAGAAUGGAGAAAAUAAGACCUUUUAAUUAGCAUAACUGGGAAGCAAAGAAAACAAUAAACCAUUAUAAUGUACAAUGAAUGGAAGAGAUUUAAAACAGUAACAAAAUGAACUAGUUCAUAUAAACAUAACCCACAA